GUUUCAAACCCUCUUCCCCACUCGCUUCCACAGUUCUCUGCUUCCGUUCCGCCCCACCGAAACUAGGGUUUCCGGUCGGAAUCGCGGCGAGGAUGCCGGCCAGAGCGGCCGCGGCCGCCGCGGAAGGCGAGGAGAAGGCGGCGGAGGCGGGGGGCAGGGAGCUGCUGUACUGCGGCACGGUGCGCUUCGACAUCAUGGGCCGGAAGGUGAAGGGCGGGGUGCAGGGCAGAGGCAACCUGGUGUCCCCCACGCGGCUGCGCCCUCUCGUGGGCGUGGACAUCCGCUUCGUCGCCUCCGGCUGCGCGGCUUGCCACUGUGUUGCUCUGAGUUCUGACGGCCGUUGCUUCUCAUGGGGUCGAAAUGAGAAGGGGCAGCUGGGGCAUGGGGACACUCUCUUGCGUAACCUGCCAACUGUUGUUUCUAAACUAUCAAAAUACAACAUAAUCGCAGCAGGUGUUGGAAGAAAUCAUACCGUGGUCGUAACUGAUGAAGGGAAGUCCUUUGCAUUUGGUGACAACAGACAUGGCCAGUUGGGGACUGGUUCACUAAGGAGUGGAACUAAGGUGUUGCCAGUCCCCUGCCUUGUUACCAAAGCAACUAAUGCUGUUUGUGGUGCUGAAUUUACUGUCUGGCUGUCAUCAGUUGAGGGCUCUUCCAUACUUACAGCAGGUCUUCCCCAGUACGGCCAACUUGGUCAUGGAAGCGACAAUGAGUAUAAUGCCAAUGCAUCAUCGGUAAGGCUAACAUAUGAUCCCCAGCCACACCCCAGGGCAAUAGCUGCAUUAUCUGGGAAGACCGUUGUCAAAGUUGCCUGUGGAACAAAUCAUACAGUUGCAGUUGAUUCAAGUGGCUUUGUUUACACCUGGGGUUUUGGUGGAUAUGGAAGGUUGGGUCACAAUGAACAGAAAGAUGAGUGGCAACCACGCCUCGUUGAAAUAUUUCAAAAGAACAAUAUGCUAUCUCCCAGUGAUAUUAUCUCAGCUGGUUCUGCAAGUUCUGCGUGCACUGCCGGUGGUCGUGGGCAGCUGUAUGUGUGGGGAAAGUUGAAGAACUGGGGCGAUGAGUGCAUGUAUCCAAAGCCAGUUAGAGAUUUAAGCGGUUGGAACAUCUGCUGCAUGGCUUCUGGCGACAUGCACCAUAUUGUUGGUGCAGAGGAUUCUUGCAUAAGUUGGGGUCUUUCUGAAUAUGGAGAGCUUGGUUAUGGCCCUACACAAAAGUCAUCUGUAAAUCCUAAAAAGGUUGACAUUCUUGAAGGAAUGCAUGUUACAAGUGUUGGUUGUGGAGUUGGGAUGUCUCUGAUUGUUGUAGACAGGGCAAAUGUUGGUGGUAAGCUUGACCAGCUGGAUAAUUUUGAUGGUGAUAUUGAUGCUCUCUUUCAAGAGAAUACGAAAAAGCUCUAUUUUCUUCCGCGCCGUGACAUUAAAGAAAAACAAAAACGAAAGACGAGCCAACAUGCCGCAAUCGACGAAACAGAACCAGAAGCCGAGGACGAGAUCAGACAGCAGGUAGCCAAGGAGGAGGCAGAGUGUGGCAGUCAUGGUCGUGGGCGGGGCAGAGGCAGGGGGGCCAAGACGGCGACUCCGGAGCCAAUGCCGUCAGGAAGGGGCAGAGGCAGAGGCCGUCCUAAGAAGGGAACCGGCAGCCCUGGCGCUUCUCCUCUGGAAGCCGGGAGCUCAGGACAAGGUGGGAAGAAGAGCGGGAAGCGAGGGAGGCCUCGCAAGUGAUCGGCCGAGUUUUUUUGGGUCAGAUCAGCUGGCAGCGAUAGUGGUUGUUACUCUUUGGUGCUGCCGUGCCAGUGCUGCAGGUCCUGAUUAUGCCAUACUAAUCUGAUGGCUUUGAACUCCUAGUCUAAUGGAGAUGGCAAGGGCUAGAUUCAUUACCUCCUGCAAAUUGUGGAUGCUAGCCAUGGACACUGUAGGCACGAGCAGUGAUGCUUUGGCGGCUGAUGUUUUCUGAAGGAAUGAACGAGUCAUCCUGCAAGAAAAUUUACCUUUUGCGCGAAAUGGAUGCAGAACAGAGUAACAAGA